AAUAGUACGCCACUAUCAUCCAUCAGCAAUGGCAGUUUCCCUCUUCCUCAACCGCUUCAACACUUUUAGCCCUCGUCUCGUCGGAUCUCUCCGCCCGCCGACCUCCGUCGUUAUGAAGCGCAUCACUGUGCCCGUCGCCGUUCACUCGAGGACUCUCUUCAAGGCGGCUCCGGUGACCGACUACCCACCAUACAAUGGUGCUCCCGACAGCUUUUCAGAUACCGACUCCGGCGAAGAUCUCCUUGAGGAUCCCCGCGUCAUCUGUUCGUUCCAGGGUUACGGUGCUUCGGAUCCGUUCCCAGCAGAGUUCACAGUCCCGUACGGUUCACCAGAGGAAUCCGACGGCUCACCAGUGGAAUCCGAUGGCUACUGCUUGAAGACAAAGCCUGUUGACAACGGCGUGCACUUGAGGAUGUACCUUCCGGGAGUCAGCAAGGAAAACGUGAAGGUUUGGGUGGACGGUGAGAAGCUGUAUGUUAAGGGCACAAAGAUGGAGUUUGAAGACGACAUACAGGAGACUGUGAUGAGCUAUGCCCCUCUGAAGGUUCCAGAGAAUCGUUUCAAGGCUAAGGAAAUCAAGGCUGAGAUGAAAGAUGGAGUGCUGAAGAUCUUCGUUCCCAGGAUCAAGGAUGAUGAGAGGGCUGACCAUUGGACUGUGGAGGUCGAGUGAUGUGGGGAGAGUAACGGCGUUUUUUGUUAUGCAGACUUUUGGCUUGUGUGUUAUGAACUUGUGUUUGGAAAUGGUUUGUUUUGAUGUGGUCUGCAUGUUUAAGGUGGGUUCUAGUGGAUGUUUUUCAUGUUAGUUUGUUCAGCAUGUUUGAAGGUUCUCUGUAGCCAGCAACUUGCGAUUAAUAAAAUUAAGUCAGUGUUUGUGGUAAUUAAGUCUCCAUAUCCAUAUUUAAUCUGCGUCCAUAAAUUGUUCUU